UAUUUUUGAAAAACAUGCCUAAAUUUCUUACGCAAAAAGAGCUGGAGAGUGCUUUAUAUGAAGUAGUAGAUGAAUUGGAAGCAGAACAUUCCGGAGAUGUUGUUGAAAUUGAUGCUGUUUAUAUUCCUCCAGAACCAAAUAGCUUGACUGACGAAGAAAAUAUAGAAGUCGAUGUAAUUGCUGUAAACGAAAAAAACAGCCAAAAUGAUGUGGACAUAGCGGGCACAUUUGAAUUACAGAUAAGACAGGACAAUGAAUUUGACUGGGAUUCGUCUGAUGAUGAGAGUUUGGCAGAAAAGAAACGAAAAAUGGAAAGGUCUAACACUAGCCAAUUUCAAAGUAGGGAACCAAAAUAGAAAAAGGGUUCAAUUCCUAUGAUCUCCCAGCCUAUUUCGAAUGAAGGCCCUGCGCUUAAGAAAUUGGUAGACUUACUUCACGGAAAGUCACCUUUAGGCAUUUUCUUUUUGUUCUUUUGUUUUCAAGUAUUAAAUCUUAUUGUAACAUUUUCGGAAAAAUAUGCAAGACAAUAAUCGACAUGAUUUUGAAUUGGAUAAAUAUGAAUUACCAAAGUUUAUAGGACUGCUAAUAUUUACAGGUUAUCAUAAACUACCACAAACACAACUAUAUUGGUCAACUGAUGAAGACAAGGGGAUAGACAUUGUGAAAAAAUGUAUGAGUCGAAAUAAAUUUUACAAUAUAAAAAAAAACCUCCAUUGUUCAGAUAACCACAAUUAGUUAAAAAUGACAAGUUUUGUAAGCUUAGGCCAUUUUUUGAUCUCAUAAAUCAGAAAAUGUUGCAGUUUGGUAUAUUUUCACACUGUCUGUCCAUUGACGAACAAAUGGUUCCUUACUUUGGCAGGCACUCCUGCAAAAUAUUUAUUAGGGGUAAACGUGUUAGAUUUGAUUUUAAAUUAUGGUGUAUUUGUUCGUCAGACGGUUAUUUAUAUCAGUUCAUUCCAUACGCAGGAGCAAAUCCAAAUAAACAAAAAUCUAUAUUAGGUAUGGGUAUGGGCAAGUUGUUGUUGAUUUAUUGUCUAUAGUGAAUAACCCAAUAAAGCAUCAGGUAUUUUUUGAUAA